AUGGCCGGUCUCACUCACCCUCCUGCAUGCAUCACCGUACCAGGGCCGGCCUCUUUGCAACUCGACAACCUGCUGCAUAUCUUGGAGGAUACACGAAAGAUCAAGGUCCUCUCGACCGAUCGUGGCAAUGACCGACGCGUUCAGCCCACCGAUCGAGGAAGGAGAACCCUCCUUGACGAGAUCCGAUACCUAGCCGAUGUUCUUGCGCGCACAGGUCACGCAGCGGAUGCUGCAGCAUUUCGGGAUGUACAUGGACUGGCAACAUUAUCGACUGACUUUGGCGGUUUAGGCCUCCGAUCAGAUUGUGAAAUCCUUUCUGAACAGGACGUUUCGGAGCUAGUGUUCUUGGUCUCUGCUCACCUGGAGGCGAUAAAUUCUGCAGAAAGAGCCAGGUCACCACUACAUCCGUUGUCGUCGCGGCCACGAGGACGUCGAGGUAUGACACUGGCUGAAAAGAUCUUUGCCGCACACGACAUCAACCAAAAGGGUGAAGUCAGACCUGGCGAUGUGAUCAGAGUGGACAUCGACUGGAUAUUGGCGUCUGAAUUGUCUUGGAAGGGUAUGGAAAGAUGGUACGAUCGACUAGGCCAGCCGGGCAUUUACAGGAAUGACCGCUUUUGGCUCGCGGGAGACCAUCUAGUCGAUCCCAGAGUCAUCGACACUCCGAAGAUCAGAUCGUUCAUUGAAUCAAGCGAGUGUGCAAGGAGGGAAUUCAAGAUGACCGACAGCCAGAGAAUGAAUUACACGAUAAUGCAUACUGAGUUUUGUCGUGAGCGAGCCCAGCCGGGCAUGUUUGUCAUUGGCUCAGACUCGCACACCUGCUCCGCUGGGUCAGUCAGUUGCCUGGCGAUCGGUCUUGGGGUGGCAGACGUUAUCCUACCCCUAAUAACAGGGGAAACCUGGUUCAAGAUACCCGAGACGGUGGAAAUCCGUUUCAUCAACCGGCCCAAACCUGGUAUAUCGGGUAAGGAUGUGAUCCUGUACGUUUUGAAGGAGCUUAAGCGAAAUACUGUUGCGUCGAACCGGGUCGUGGAGUACACUGGCUCCGGGGUGCAAUAUUUGUCCUGCGAUGCCCGUUUUGCCAUCGCGAAUAUGACCACAGAAUUUGGAGGCGUUACUGGAAUCUUCGUCCCGGAUGCCGUAACCCAGACAUUCGUCAACCGUCGUGCACAGUCUAGGCAUCGAUCCAAUUCGUUAUACUUUCGGCCUGAUGAUGAUGCUGUCUAUGCAGAAACAUAUAUCUUGGAUCUUGCUCAAGUCGAACCGUUUGUGGCACGAUAUCCCAGGCCAGACGACGUUGUAGCAGUGACCGAGGUGGUGGGUUUGGAACUGCAAGGAUGCUUCAUCGGCGCUUGUACCACGACCGAGGAAGAUCUCGUCCUGGCAGCACUGGUCCUUGAGCAGGCGAUGAAACUUGGGGCAAUACCCAUACGUUCCGGGAAACGCAAGGUUGUGCCUGGCUCAAUGCCCAUCCUGCAUAACAUGCGAAAGCAUGGGCUCGUCGACAUAUUCGAGCACGCAGGCUGGGAAGUUGGGGUUCCAGGAUGCAGCUACUGUGUAGGCAUGUCUGCCGAUCAGGCUGGGAAAGGCGAAACAUGGUUAACAAGCCAGAAUCGCAAUUUCGAGAAUAGAAUGGGGCCAGGUGCCUUUGGCAAUCUCGCUUCAGCAGUCACGGUGGCGGCAAGUAGCUUUAACAUGAAGAUCGCUAAUCCGGCACCUUUGCUGAGUCUCAUUGACAUGAGUCGCGUGGACGCAAUCCUGGGCAGAGAAAGCCGACAGAAUUCACCCGUUCGGCUGGACUUUGUCGAGCCUGGAUCGAGAUUGAGUAUGCAAAUCACAUUGGAUGACCGUCAGGCGCUCUCAAAUUUCACCAUUCGAGAGAGCCAGGAAUCCCAGAACUCGUACAGCGACUUUCAGAUCAAUAUUGACACAGCAACAACAGAGUCGAUCACGCCCAACCCUCAAGAGCCCGAGUGUGCGUCCUCGGUAAUCAUAGGCAAAGUGGCACGACUAGGAGACUUCGUCGACACGGAUGCGCUAGCCCCGAAUGAAGCAAUAUCGAAACCAAAUAUCACACGGGACCAGCUUGGGACAUAUUGCCUGUACCAUACGCAUCCAGACUUCCGUGGGCAGGUCAGAGAGCACGGCCACAAUAUUGUCGUCGCCGGCGAAGCUUUUGGCUGUGGGAGCAGUCGUGAGGACGCAGUCGCGGCUCUACAGGGUGCUGGAGUGCAAUGUGUCAUUGCGAAGAGCUUUGCUUUCAUCUACAGCCGGAACCAGUCCAACCUGGGUCUCCUCGGAUUCGAAAUGAAGGAUCCACGGUUCUGGAAGGUCGUUGAGGAUGGCAGAGGGAUGAAAAUCCAUCUUGAUCGCUCGCUCCUGCAGCUGGAAGUAGAUGACCAUGGAACCUACGAGACCUUCUACUUUACCCUGAGCCCGAUGCAACGGCGACUCAUGCAGUGUGGUGGAGCUGCAAAGGCAUUUGGGCGGUGGGGAAAGGGUCUCUGGGAAGCAUUGACAUCGCAGAAACCAGACCAUGACAUCAAGAAUGAGACGACUGCUUGGGACUUUGAGGCAGCGGAAAAGGAUAGAGAACAGGCAAAGCUACAGUGGUGA